AUGUCUAAGGUGGCGGCGGCGGCGGCGGCGGCCGGGGCUGGAGCCGCGGCGGGAUCGGAAGGUGGCGGGCCGGGGCCGGCCGAAGACCUCUCCAAGGUGUCGGACGAGGAGCUGCUCCAGUGGAGUAAGGAGGAGCUCAUCCGGAGCUUGCGCAAGGCCGAGGCCGAGAAGAUGAGCGCUAUGCUGGACCACAGCAACCUCAUCCGCGAGGUCAACCGACGCCUGCAGCUUCACCUGGGCGAGAUCCGGGGGCUCAAGGACAUCAAUCAGAAACUGCAGGAAGACAACCAGGAGCUGCGAGACCUUUGCUGUUUCUUGGAUGACGAUCGGCAGAAAGGCAAAAAGGUCUCCCGGGAGUGGCAGAGACUCGGCCGGUACAGCGCCGGCGUCAUGCACAAAGAGGUGGCCUUAUACUUGCAGAAGCUGAAAGAGCUGGAGGUGAGGCAGGAAGAGGUGGUGAAGGAGAACUUGGAGCUGAAGGAGCUCUGCGUCCUGCUGGACGAGGACAAGGGCGGCGUGGCCGGCUGCCGGAACUCCAUCGAUAGCCAAGCCAGCCUCUGCCAGUUGAACGCCGCCAGUACGUUCAUGCGGGACGUGGGAGACGGGAGCAGUACCUCCAGCACCGGGAGCACGGAUAGCCCCGACCAUCACAAGCACCACCCAAGCUCCAGUCCCGAGCACCUCCAAAAAACGAGGAGCGAGGGGAGCCCCGAGCACCAAAAGCAUAGAAGCGCCAGCCCCGAGCACCUGCACAAACCCAGGGCUUCCAGUAGCCCUGACCAUCAAAAGCAUCUGAAAGGGCCGAGCCCAGAGCAUCACAAAAGCCUCGGCAAAGGUGCGCCGGACCAGCAGAAGCACAGCUGCAGCAGCCCGGAAACCCUGCCUAAGCACAUGUUGAGCGGAAGCCCGGAACAUUUUCAGAAACAUAGGCCCGGCAGCAGCCCGGAGCCUCAGAAGCACAGCAGCGGCGGCGGCGGUGGGGGUAGCCCCGAGCUGCUUCAAAAACACACCCUGAGCGGGAGCACAGAACACCUCCCGAAAGUGAGGGGCACCAGCCCCGAGCACCUCAAACAGCACUAUGGGGGAAGUCCGGAACACCUCAAACACUUGGGCGGCGGCAGCAGGGAAGGCACCUUAAGGAGGCAAGUUGCGGAUGAGCUAUCGCCCCACCACAGGGGCCUCUACAAUGGGAUGAACGAAUCCACCUUGUCCUAUGUUAGGCAGCUGGAAGCAAGAGUAAGACAGCUGGAGGAGGAAAAUCGCAUGCUGCCCCAGGUUGUGUGGAGGAAACUUGGAGAUGCUGCAGGCUCGUGUCCUGGAAUUAGACAACACUUGUCUGGAAACCAGUACAAAGGGCCAAUGUGAAUGGAUACCAAAAUGAGGAAGAGUUUCAAGUGCUGGCGGAAUUGAAUCUGUUCACAGCAACCUCUUUACUAACCGUGAGAUAGCUCCAAUCAUUCUCUCGAAUGCAACCUUCU